UCGUGUUAGAUCAGUGAUUGGGCAUUUAUCAAGGAAGGAAGGAAGGACUCAAGCAAGGGUGUAUUUCUUACAUAAUGGAACAUGGUCCCAGUUCAGCCUACCUAAUGACAAAUCACCUCAAGCUGUGUUCGGUAUAGAGGACACGCGUGUCUACAGAAAGGUGGAAAACGAAACAUCACAUUUCUUGCGAUGAAAAUAAAGUGGUGGUUCUGUAUUUUAUGGAGAGUAUUUUCACUUAGUAUUGCAAUAUCUACAUCGGGUAUUUAUGGGUCUCCAUCUGUUUCACGUCCAGUUGGCAGGAGAAAAAUCCUCAAACUGGGCACAUCACAAGGCGUUGGUGACUUGCUUACAGCCCACCUAUCAUCCACAGCAAACAGAAAAUCAAGCCCGAGGAUUAACUCUCACAGUAUCUCAUUCAGGACACCCCAACUCACACAAGAACUCAAACCAGCGCCUGCAAGGAUAUAUUCCUCUCCACCACCCCAGACCCAGCGCCCUAUGCUUCUCGAUAAGCCUGUACCAAAGUCUCAACGUGACUUUGCUCCGCUCCCGGACGUUUCGGUUACGUGUUCCAGUGGUGACUUCGUGGUCCGGGUCAAACGGGAUUUUUAUGGUUUUGAUGCCGACACCGAUGAGUUGACGCUGGGAAGCACCUGCAAGAGUAACGGUGUUCUCAUGCCUUAUGGUGACUUGCUCUUCUCUUAUCCAUUGGUGGAGUGUGAUGGCAAACGGCAGAUGCCACCGGGUUAUCUCAUCUAUACAUUUGUGCUCCAUUACACGCCUCUGACCCGGUUCCCACGCAGAGCGCAUCGCUUUAACGUGCAGGUCGAGUGCCGGUUUCAAAGGUAUCAUCAUGUCUAUCAGCUGGUGGUGCGCCCUACAUGGGAAACACCCACCGUGCUUAAAAAGUUAAAGGGGCGCGUUAACUUCCGAAUCCAGCUGAUGGACGAUACAUGGGCCAUGCCAGCCAAGUCCCAGGUGUACAUGCUGGGACAGACCAUUAAUAUCCAGGUUUCUACACUUCACCUACCCCAUGGAGGAAAGCUUUUCAUCAACCACUGCUAUGCCACAACAUCUAAAGACUCCAAGACAUCCCUCAAGUUCACUGUCAUUGACAACUUUGGCUGCAUGCUGGAGAGCCAGAAGAACCCUGGUGGCUCUCAGUUUGUCUCCCCCAGGACUGAUGACACCCUCCGGUUCUUCCUCAGUGCCUUCCAGUUCACCUCUGACCCAGACAAACCGGUCUUCCUUCACUGUAAACUGCAUGUGACAUCAGAGGAAACCGGCCCCAUGCACAAGUCUUGCACCUACCGAGAGAACAGGUGGAAAGCUGUCAUGGGAGAGGAUUCCAUCUGUGACUGCUGUGACUCCAAAUGUGUGACACCGAAACCCAGAAGAUCCAUGGUGGAGGGGUUUGCCAGCAGCGGGCCUCUACUGCUCUUAGAUCAGCCAUCCGCACCAAAGGGUGGUUUCCCACCAGUCAGUCCCUCACUAGUUGAAGACGUUGUCUGGUUUGAGACCAAAAUGGAUGAGUUUGACAACCCAGAUGAUCUACUGGAAACCAUUGAUGUGGAGAAGUAUCGUGAUAAGGAAGAGCAGAGUUAUACUCGUUCCACGGAGAAGGAGAGGCAACAUAUAGAGGAGGAUGAAUCAGUGCCUUUGGAGGGUGAGGAGUCAGAGGUGGUUCAGACUGUGUUUAGAAAGGGGGAGAUAUUUGAGGGUACACAGGGGUCAGGUGUGAGGGAUUCAGAGUUGAUAAGGGGAGAGGGGUCAGGGUUUAGAGCUGAGGGGACAGGGUUGCGACUAGAGUUUCCAUGGGAGAGGGCAGAGUUGAGAGAGAGGAAUCCAUGGGAAAGUAAGGGAUCAGUGUUGACCGAGGAGGAGGGCUCCAUUGAAAGGCAAUGGAUGCAUCCACAGGAGGAGUCCUCCCUGGGAUCAGGGAUGGGGGGAAAGUCUGUAUCACAGGAAGAGGUGGUUUCACAGUCCAUGAAGGAAUGGGGAUUUGGGGUGGGGGAGGAGCAGCCACUUGUGAUUCCUGAGGAUGAGGGGAAGGAAGGAAGAGUGGAGUCUGGGGAAACAGAUGAGGAUGACAAGAAGUUUCCACUCUUCUCUGAGACUGGUGAGGAGAUCAUUAGUGAUUAUGACGGGCUGGUAGAGUCCGGGAUUGAUGGUGGGAAAGACUUGCCCAGGGUUUGGCAUUUCAAGUGGCGAUGAGGUCAGUGACUGAGACCAUACAGUGAUUCAUUCUAAUCUUAACCAUAGACUUCUACUACGGUACACCACUGACACAGUUGAAAUAAAAACAUUGAAAUAAAAGUCAAUGCAACUCUUAAUUUCUUAAUCACCAGAUGGAAUGGGAAGUCUAUCUACAACAUUUGUUUUACUUUGACUUAAACAUUUGAGGAAGUAAGCUUUUCAGCCAAAAUUACAAAUCCUUUCCUUGUCUUUAUCUCAAAGCAGGAAAUGCACAUAACGGUAGGUGAAGAAUACUGAUAAGGUAAUGACAUCAAUAGGCCCACUGUUUUCCCAGUCAGACAUUAAAUUAARAAAUUGGCCCCACAAUGUUUGUACAUACUACAUGAUUUAGUAAGUGCAACCUAUUUUCUGAGCAUGCUAACUAGUAAUUUUAAAAUGUAAACAUGGGAUAACAAACCAACCACUGGUAUCUAAGCAGUCCCCACAAUAUCUCCACUAAGUGUGUCAUAAGUGUUAUAAAGGAAGUUCAUGUUUGUUUCCCUGUCACACUGACUGAGAAGCUUUGGUUGAAAAUGUUCCAGAUCACACCCACUGCAUUGCCUCACCUUGAUUAAACUGACUGGUACAGAAAGCUAUGGGUGAUCUUUUUUAUAUUCCAUUAACAUGACAUGGAGACAGUCUGAAAAGUGAGUAAUACAAUUACUGUAUUCUCAGUAUAUCAUGACCUAUGUAGUGUAAAUCUAUUGUUCAUCCACUAAGGCAGAUAAACUCAUAAAUUAACAUGAUUUUGAUACUUUAAUAUAUUUUUGAUCUUUUUUGUGUGACUUUUAGCAUGAUCUCAAUGCCACUGUUACUGCUCUACCAGCAGUUCCAGUACAACCACAAUGCUCAUUAUAGUCAGUGAAACUUGGUGUUUUUCAUUGUUUCAACAGCAUCCAUUGUUUCAUGGAUUAGCUGUUUUUUGUCUCUGAUAAAUAAACAAAACAAUAAA